AUGGCGGCGAAGGGCGAUGCCUUCGGGGUCAAGGGCGGCGACAAGGACCCAGGCGAAAAGUACGUCAAGGCGCUCCCCACUGACGAGGAGGCUGCAGAGCUGGAGAGGAAGCAGGCCAGCGCGCCGUCCCGCGCCAGGGCCGGGCCGCCGCUGGAUGACGUGCCCGCCGGAGAGGAGGACGACCCUUUCAAGGGACUCUCGGAGAGCAAGAAGAUUGCCGACCGCGAGGACGCGUACCGUGCCCAGCGCCACAAGCGCAUGCUCUCGCCCGAGCGUGCCGACCCGUUCGCCGCCGCGACGCCUGCGGCAGAGCUGCAGACCUACAAGGAUGUCAUGGUGGGCCAGGCGCUCGACAAGGAGAAGCAGGAGGUGCUCCGGAAGAUCCAGAAGCAGAAGGAGGAGGAGGCCACUGCGAAGGCCGAGGGGAAGGCCUUGCCAGGCGACGGCGCGCCCGCGAAGAAGAAGGGGCGCUGGGACGCGGGCGGCGCAGGGGUGGGCCGGAAGGAGGACAAGGAGGACGAGAAGGACCGCUGGGAGACGCCCGUCGGAGGCGGCGAUGGUGUAGACACGCCAGUGGUCCUGGACGAUGAUGACGAGGGGGGCAGCAAGAAGAAGGGCGCCUGGGACGACACUCCGGGUGCCGGCGGUGACGACGGGAUCGAGACGCCCACCCCAGGGCAGUGGGGCGAGACGCCCACGCCGGGCCUCGGCGCAGGCAAGAAGAAGCGGGCUCGCUGGGAUGCGACGCCGAUGGAGCCCAAAGACGACGGGGUCGAUGCCACCCCGGCGGACGCCGACGCCACUCCGAGUGCAACGCCGUCUGGUGCCACACCUUCGGGGCCUACACCCUCGGCGACACCGGGAGCUACGCCCUUCAGCGGGGUCCAGAUGUUCACCCCGGGCGCCACUCCUCUGGGCACGCCUGGCAUGGCCAACAUGUCUACCCCCGUCGGGCUGACGCCGAACUUUUCCCAGAUGACGCCGGAGCAGAUUCAGGCGUGGCGCUACGACACCGAGAUUAAUGAGAGGAAUGCGCCCAUUUCCGACGAGGAAUUAGAUGCGAUUUUCCCUCAGACGGGUUACGAGAUAGUCCGGCCGCCAGCUAAUUAUCAGCCAAUGCGAAAAAGCGUUAUGUCGACACCCACACCCACCCCUGGUGGCACGCCAUUUUUCAGCAUGCAGGAUCCAGACGCGCCCAAACCCUACGAGGUGCCAUCUUCCCCAGCAGUGGGUGAGAUGCCGAUGAUCAAGCCAGAGGACUACUCAUAUUUUGCACCUUUGCUGUCGGCGGAGAAUGACGAUAACUUAUCGCCAGAGGAGGCGAAGGAGCGGAAGAUCAUGAGACUCUUGCUGAAGGUGAAGAAUGGGACGCCCCCCAUGCGAAGGGCGGCCUUGAGGCAGAUCACAGAUGGAGCCCGGUCAUUUGGGCCAGGACCCCUCUUCAAUCAAAUCUUGCCGCUACUCAUGAGCAGCACCUUAGAGGACCAAGAGAGGCACCUUCUCGUCAAAGUCAUUGAUCGUGUGUUGUACAAGCUAGACGACAUGGUGCGACCGUACGUCCACAAAAUUCUGGUCGUCAUAGAGCCCUUGCUGAUCGAUGAGGACUACUACGCGCGCGUGGAGGGCCGUGAGAUCAUUAGCAAUCUGUCCAAGGCCGCUGGCCUAGCAACAAUGAUCGCAACCAUGCGACCAGACAUAGACCACGCGGAUGAGUACGUCAGGAACACCACAGCGCGAGCGUUCGCCGUGGUCGCGUCCGCGCUGGGAAUCCCGGCGCUCCUCCUCUUCCUGCGCGCGGUCUGCCAGUCGAAGAAGAGCUGGCAGGCCAGGCACACGGGCAUCAAGAUCGUGCAGCAGAUUGCCAUGCUCAUGGGCUGCGCUGUUCUGCCCCACCUGAAGCAGAUGGUCGACAUCAUCGCGCAUGGAUUGCAGGACGAACAGCAGAAGGUUCGCACCAUUACCGCCCUCGCGCUGGCAGCUCUUGCCGAGGCUUCGACUCCCUACGGGAUCGAGGCCUUCGACACGGUCCUGCGGCCGCUGUGGAAGGGGAUCUGCGAGCACCGCGGCAAGGGACUGGCCGCCUUCUUGAAGGCGAUCGGGUUCAUCAUCCCGCUCAUGGAUGCCGAGCAUGCCAACUAUUAUACCCGAGAGGUGAUGAUCAUUCUCAUCCGCGAGUUCUCCACGCCGGACGAGGAGAUGAAGAAGAUUGUGCUCAAAGUCGUGAAGCAGUGCGUGGCAACCGAGGGUGUCGAGCCGAGCUACAUCCGUGAAGAUAUCUUGCCGCCGUUCUUCCGAAAUUUCUGGGUCGUCCGGAUGGCCCUGGAUCGACGCAACUAUCGGCAGCUCGUGGACACCACUGUGGAGAUCGCCAACAAGGUGGGGGGGGCCGACAUCAUUGGUAGGAUAGUCGAGGAUCUGAAGGACGCGUCAGAGCCUUAUCGGAAGAUGGUGAUGGAGACCAUCGACAAGGUAAUCGCAAAUCUGGGAGUCGCAGACAUUGACUCGCGUCUCGAGGAGCAGAUCAUCGACGGAAUAGUCUACGCGUUCCAGGAGCAGACCUCCGAUGAUACCACAGUCAUGCUCAACGGCUUCGGCACAGUGGUGAACUCUCUUGGGUCUCGCGUCAAGCCAUACUUGCCGCAGAUUGCCGGUAUCAUCAGAUGGCGCCUCAAUACGCCAUCUGCUCGCGUGCGUCAGCAAGCGGCGGACCUCAUUGCCCGCAUUGCAGUCGUGAUGAAGCAGUGUGGAGAAGAGCAGAUGAUGGGACACUUGGGCCUGUUCUUGUACGAGUACUUGGGGGAAGAGUACCCCGAGGUGCUGGGCUCCAUUCUGGGAGCCCUGAAGGCCAUCGUGAACGUGAUCGGUAUGUCUAAGAUGACCCCUCCCAUCAAGGAUCUACUGCCACGUCUGACUCCGAUCCUCAAGAAUCGCCACGAGAAGGUGCAAGAGAACUGCAUCGACCUGGUCGGGAGAAUAGCCGACCGAGGCGCCGAGCUGGCGCCGCCGCGCGAGUGGAAUCGCAUCUGCUUCGACCUUCUUGAGCUGCUGAAGGCUCACAAGAAGGCCAUCCGCCGAGCCGCCGUGAACACCUUCGGCUACAUUGCCAAAGCCAUUGGACCUCACGACGUCCUCAGCACCUUGCUGAACAACCUGAAGGUUCAGGAACGCCAGCUGCGAAUCUGCACCACAGUGGCCAUCGCCAUCGUCGCCGAGACCUGCGGGCCCUUCACGGUGCUUCCCGCGCUCAUGAACGAGUACCGCGUGCCGGAGCUGAACGUGCAGAACGGUGUCCUCAAGAGCCUGUGUUUCAUGUUUGAGUACAUUGGCGAGAUGGGUAAGGACUACAUCCAUGCCGUGACUCCCAUCCUCGAGGAUGCGCUGAUGGACCGGGACCUGGUCCACAGGCAGACAGCUUCCUGGGCAAUCAAGCACCUGGCGCUUGGUGUCCAGGGUCUCGGCUGCGAGGACGCACUGCAGCACCUCAUGAACUACGUUUGGCCGAACAUUUUCGAGACAUCGCCUCACCUCAUCAUGUCUGUCUUUGAUGCCAUUGAUGGCUUCCGCAUCUCCCUAGGGCCUACCAAGGUGCUCCAGUACUUGCUUCAAGGCCUGUGGCACCCUGCCAGAAGAGUGAGGGCAGUGUACUGGCGUCUCUAUAACAAUCUGUACAUCGGAUCGCAGGACGCCCUGAUACCGUCCUACCCGAAGCUCGAGGACGAUUCCGAGCAUUGUUAUCGCCGCACCGAGCUGGAGUUGCUACUCUGA